GGCGUCGGCCCGCAUCCGGGACGUCGGCCAGAGAGAGCAGCUUUUCUUCGGUAAGUAUUACUCCCUCCGUCCGGGAAAAGUUGUCCCCAACGACAUUUUGCAAAAAGCACCUCCCCUUUCUUCCGACAAACUACGCAGCCCUCCUUCCGACUGCUUCUCUGCUCCGUCGCCUCGCCAAGCGCCGGCAGCCUGCUCCGUCGCCUCGCCGCCUACUCUGUCGCCUCUCCGCAUGCUCCGCCGCCUCGCCGCACGUCGGCUGCCUUCUCCCCCUCGUCUCGCCGCUUCUCUCCGUCCGCACUAGGAGAUCAAGAGGGAAGGGAUCCCCUUUUCUGCAAAGGCCGUGCCUUGCCGACUCCGGCGGCGGCGCUCAAUGACCCGCUCCUCGUCCUCGAGCACAUCCUCCAGACCUCGAGCUCCGGCGGCGGCGGCGUGGGAAAGACGACCAGGGCAUGGGGAAGACGAAGACUUGCUCCAGCCACAUGCCACUGCCCCGUGCUCGCCUUGCUCCUCGAGCUGGCGGGCUGAUGAUGGAGGACCUGCACUCUUGGCUCCACCGGCGCUGCCGCUACCACUUCUGCUUCUGCUCCCCGCUUGCACACAGCGCAGCGAUUGGAGGAGCAAUGGAGUACUGCAGAGGAACGGAUGCUGCUUCCGUUGGUGCAGCUUGUAUGGCAGUCCCGAAGGAGAUGGCAACUGGAGAAGAGGAGCUUAACGGCGUUCUAAUCGUCGGCGGCGGAAUCUGUGGCCUCGCAACUGCGCUUGCUCUGCACAUAAAAGGUAUAGACAGCCUUGUUCUCGAGAAGGCCGAGAGCUUGAGGGCAACGGGGGCAGGAAUCAGCAUAAAUGUCAAUGGAUGGCGUGCGCUUGAGCAGCUGAAGGUUGGCGAGGAGCUGCGAAAACUGGCCGUAAAUCUUACUGGUCACAAAUUAUGGCAGACAAUGGCCAUGUUUGACAGGCAGAGUGUUAUCGAGCAGAAACUAUGUUUCGAAGCUAUUGAUUGUUCCGUUGUUUUCAUGCUGACAACUCUGGUUUCACUGAUUGGUAAGGUUUCAUACAGGCACCGCAUGCGUCCCAGCCGCUCACCGCCCCGCCUCGGCUAUCAAAGCGGACCUUCCCGCCCGAUGAACACCACAGUCGCCAGGCUGCAGGCAAUGCAGGGGUACCGUGAGGAUGUCCUCGACGUGGUGCGAAGCUGCGACCUGUCAUCCAUGAGCCUGACGCAGCUCUGCUACCGGACGCCGUGGCACCUAGUGUUCCAGCCGUUCGAGGAGGGCACGGUGACUGUCGCCAGCGGCGCCAUGCACGCCAUGGGGCCUUUCAUCGGGCAGGGCGGCUCGUCCAGCCUCGAGGACGCCGUCGUGGUCGCCCGGUGCUUGGCCCGAACGGUUUCCAACACCGCUGGCGAUGGUGACCACAGACCGGCGAAGAGCGUCGAAGAGGCACUCAGGUCGUACGUGCAGGAGAGGAAGGCGAGGAUCCUGAGGCUGUCCGUGCAGGCGUUCCUCAACGGGCAACUCAUCGUCGCAUCGUCGAAGCUCAUGAAGGCGUUGAUCAGAGCUGCCCUGGCGCUUCUCUUCACAGGAAAUUCAGACAGCCACAGCAACUUCGACUGCGGUUCCCUCUAGCUAGUAUGCUGCAAUUAUGGGACACAUCAUUCAGACAAGUUUACACGAAACAGUUUCCAUUUGUUUGCUGAUGCAUCACUACUCUCCUCAAUUAUAUGUACCACAGAUUACCUUUUUCACUUUAGCUAUAUGUAAGUUGCCUGAUUUUUAAAUUUGAGUCAGUCAAUUUUUCUAACUGUUGAUUGCUGCUCCAAGAUGCGUGCUGAUUUAUAUUUCUGUUCUGUGUUGUCCCGUAUUGGGCUGCACUUUUUUUGACCGUUGAUUACUGCUCUAAGACGCAAAUUUUGUCAUUGUUUAUUUUAAGUUUUGUUCCGUUUUAUUUAUUUUUCUUAAAGGGUAACACUAAGCCACUAAUUCAUUCUUCCUUAUAAAA